UUUCUCUGCUCAGCCUUUUCCAGCCAGGACCGACAGUCAAAAGGACUCUUGGCGACCAUCUCCUUUGUCCGAAGACCUCCACUGUCCACCUGCCGUGACCGCUCCCGACUCGAUAUGGACCCCAACGCCAUCAAGGAGGAGCUGCGCUUGUUUCAGAGCACUCUGCUCCAAGACGGCUUAAAAGAGCUUCUGAAUGAGAAUAAGUUUGUGGACUGCACCCUGAAGGUGGGUGACCGCUGCUUCCCCUGCCACCGGCUGAUCAUGGCCGCCUGCAGUCCUUACUUCAGGGAUAUCUUUUUCACAGAGGAUGGGAAGGAGGUGGAGAACACCAAAGAAGUGGUCCUGGAGGAUAUUAACCCCUCCAUCUUGGACAUGAUUAUUCAGUACCUCUACUCUGCUGAAAUAGACCUUACAGAUGACAAUGUUCAGGAUAUUAUUGCCGUGGCCAACAGAUUCCAGAUCCCCUCUGUCUUCACGGUUUGCGUUAACUACCUUCAGAAGAAGCUGUCGCUGGCUAACUGCAUGGCCAUUUUCAGAAUGGGCCUGGUGCUCAGCUGUCCAAGGCUCGCUGUAGCUGCACGCAACUUCAUCGCAGAUCGCUUUGAGCUCCUCAAUAAGGAUGAGGAGUUCCUCAAGCUGGCGCCCCAUGAACUGUUCGCUGUCAUCGGUGGAGAUUCUCUGAACGUGGAGAAAGAGGAGAUGGUAUUUGAGGCGGUCAUGGCCUGGGUCCGCCAUGACAAGGAGAAGCGUCUUAAGGUCCUGAAGGAUGCUUUCAACUGCAUCCGCUUCCGCCUGCUGCCAGAGAAGUACUUCAAGGAAAAAGUGGAGACUCACGAAUUCGUCAAGAGUGACCCGGAGCUCCAGACAACAAUCCAGGCCAUCAGGGACGCCUACAAGGGAAAACUUCCAGAGACACCCAAGAAAAAAGAAGGUGAGGAGGGAGCCAGCAUGGAAGGAGGUGAGGAGGAGGACAGUCCAUUCCCUGGCUUCCUGAAUGACAUCCGCCGACAUGGUAUGCACGCUCGUGACUUUAUCGUGAUGAUCAAUGACACGGCCGCGGUAGCGUACGAUGUCAUCGAGAACGAGUGUUUCCUGGCCGCCAUGGCGGAGCAGGUGCCUCGUAACCACGUUAGUCUGGUGACGCAAAAGAACCAGCUCUACAUCGUCGGAGGACUGUUUGUGGACGAGGACAACAAGGACAUGCCUUUACAAUGCUACUUCUAUCUGUUGGACCCGCUCUCAUCGGAGUGGGUUGCCCUUCCACCCAUGCCGUCUCCGAGGUGCCUCUUCAACAUCGGCGAGAGCGAGAACCGGCUGUUCGUCGUGGCGGGAAAAGACCUCCAGACCAACGAGUCGCUGGACACCGUCAUGUGCUUCGACACCGAGAAGAUGAAGUGGAGCGAGUCCAAAAAGCUUCCCCUAAAGAUCCACGGACACUCCGUGGUCUCACACGAAGGACGGCUGUACUGCGUGGGAGGAAAGACCGACGACAACAAAGCGCUGAACAAAACGUUCACCUACAACCACAAGCAGUCCGAGUGGAGGGAGAUGGCGGCCAUGAAGACGCCCAGAGCCAUGUUCGGCGCCAUCAUCCACAACGGCAAGAUGGUGGUGGCCGGAGGCGUCAACCAGGACGGCCUGACCGCCUCGUGUGAGGCGUACGACUUCACAACCAACAAGUGGGAGCCGUUCCCCGAGUUCCCCCAGGAAAGGAGCUCUGUGAACCUGGUUAGCAGCGGGGGUCUCCUGUAUGCCGUGGGGGGCUUCGCCAUGGUCCAGACGGAGAACAAGGAGGUGGCCCCCACAGAGGUCACCGACGUCUGGCAGUACGAGGACGACAAGAAGCAGUGGAGCGGCAUGCUGAGGGAGAUGCGCUACGCCGCCGGCUCUACCUGCGUGUCCAUGCGCCUCAACGCCGCCAGGAUGCCCAAACUGUAGCUGGAACCGUUCCCUCCCACAGCCAGCGGUCUCUGAGGCGCCCGGAGAGUCGAGCUCACCUCUGACAUCAGCUCUCGACUUUUUUUUAUCUGUGAAAUAAAAACUCGCUUCUGAUUCUGCUUGAAGAGGCCCCGCCCGGAAUGAGGCCUGCAGUCUAUCAGGGCUAUUCAACUGGCGGUCCAGGGGCCAAAUCAGGCCCUUGGGUGUGCCCAGUUUGGCCCUCUAAUGGGUUCAUGUUUAAAUGAAACUGGAUUUUAAAUCAUUAAGCAAAUUUAAUGAGAAUAAGUGCUGGAUGUCCGGCCCCUGAGCAGUUUAGUUGAAUAGCUCUGGUCUAGAUCGACCUCUAACGCUGUGUUUUAAAUGAUUUCUAUCUUUUAUUUUGGUAAAAAAAUAAAUAAAGAAGCAUUUAUUCUG